UAUGUAGCGCAGAGAACAACAUGGGUACAGCUGGUAGUUGUAGUAGAGGUGAAGUCAUUCAGAACGAAAUACCCACGUUCAAGGUUGUUCUUGUCGGUGACCCUGAAGUUGGAAAAUCCAGUAUAUUUUUACGCUACACAAAAAACCAGUUUGACUACAGUUAUCAGCCCAGUGUCUCUGUGAGUAUUGGAAAUAUUGUCAAGCAUGUCAACGUCCCAUUUGAGACCAUUGUGUCUGUGGCAUUAUGGGACCUUCCUGGGCGAGAGGAAAUGGACUUGCGAAGAAGCUAUUACAAGGAUGUGGAUGCUGCUAUUGUUGUUGUUGACAUGGAUGACAUUGACUCUGUGACUAUGGCUGGAACCUGGAAACAAGACAUUGUAAAUAAUGCCGUAUUUACAGCCAAUAAUGGAAAUAUAAAGGAAAACAUUGCAGAUUCUAAACUGAUACCAAUUCUACUUUUGGGGAACAAGAUGGAUAAGCUCAAAUAUCACAAGACUGAAGAAGAAAGAAAUGAUGAUGAUGAUGAGAUGUCUUACUUAGAAACAGUGCGAGUACUGGAGGGUGUGGCAUUACAACAUGGCUUUGUUGGAAGUGUUACAGUGUCAGCCAAAGAGAGUGAUAACAGUGUACAUGCUGCAAUCCAGUCGCUAAUACGACAUCUGUUGCAACAGAAAAUGAAGAAAAAGAAACUUACUUCAAAGGGUGGGAAACUUAGCAAGAAUGAUCUGGAACUUGAAGAGAAAAACUUUGUAACCAUAAGUCCUUUGGAAAUUUCAGAGAAAAAGGAGUUUAUUCCACUCAUUGUUACCAAAGUGCCUGAGUUUGAUGUGUUCUUUGCUGAGUGUAAUAACCCAAUUGAGACUGUUCAGAACACGAGUACAGGACUACUUGAUGCCAUGAACAAUUUUAAGAGAGCUUGUAGUAGGGCAGGUGUUACUAGCAGUGCAAAGGCAAGUCUUGAAGAGUGUAUAGAUGGACUGAAGCAGUUGAUAAGGACAGAUGAUGAUGAAGAUGCAUUGGAGGCACAUGAAGAUGGAGGGUACAUAAAGUUGUUAGUGAAGAAAGAAGUGAAAGAGCGUGUCAGUGGCCCAGUACAGAGAGUUUUGAACUCAUUCCACUCAGAGGUUGGUGCUGCUUCAAAAAAAGUUUUAGUUCAGUGUCCUGGUGCUUUAAACAGCCUUCGUGAAAAUGAAGAUAAAAUAAAUGAACUAAAAGUUACAGCAUUUGAGCGUGCUACAGCUCGAGGGAUGACACAGAGGAGGGCUAAGGCAGCAGUCUGCAAUAUUGACGCUAACUGCACCAGAAUAGGAGAAGCUGUGGCUACAGCUAUGGAAACCAUGACAGCUGUUGAUAAUGACUAUAAAAAGAUUAAGGCAGCCAUGUUGUGGUAGCUAGGUACCUGCAGUAUUUUUAUUUGUGAGCAUGUUUAUGAGACAGUAACCCAGCAAUGGCUAGCUAUGGGACCACACCCACACUGGAAUUAGAUUAUUCUAGAAGACUCCUUUAUCUUCUAUGAGCAUACCUAUCUGGAAGCUUGAGUUACAAUGACACCCCUUUUGUAACAGGCACCUCACCUUCAUAAACCAAACCCUUUCAGUGGGUCUCUACAACUUAACACUCCUUUGCAUGAACACCUCUCUCAGGACACCUGUUCUGGCUAGGGCUUGAUUUCCAUUGCUCUGUCUCGGCUGGUCUUCAAGUAGAGGAUAAAUAUUAGUUCGUUUUCCAAAUUGGAAAGAGUUGAUUACAUAACUAUUUAAUAAAAUAAAUCUAAUGUCUAGCAACC